GAAGACAAAAGUGGAAGGACACGACCGAAUUACGGAGUUUUGAAAACAGUGUUGUGAGUUUGUCUUCUGGGUUGUGUCUUUUUGAUCGAGAUGGACGGUUUUACGGCGGCACUGCGCUCAGCUUUAGUAUUUUUCUUAGUAAAUUUGUUUGUGGUUCGCGGCGACAUAACGGAUGGAAACGCAGAACAUUUAAAGAGAGAACACUCUCUGAUAAAACCGUAUCAAGGCGUUGGCAGCAGCCCUUCCAGCCAGUGGGACUUCUCGGGAAGCACGUUGGUGACCAGCUCCUACGUCCGCCUCACUCCGGAUGAGCGGAGCAAACAAGGAUCCGUCUGGAACACUGUGCCAUGUCACCUGAAAGACUGGGAGAUGCAUGUUCAGUUCAAAAUUCAUGGCUCAGGAAAGAAGAAUCUCCAUGGCGACGGCAUUGCUGUCUGGUACACAAAGGACAGACUGCAUCCAGGCCCCGUGUUUGGAAGCCAGGACCAGUUUUUUGGCCUGGCUAUUUUUUUGGACACGUUCCGCAAUGACCUCCACGGAAUGGAUCGCUCUUUCCCUUACAUUUCCGCCAUGGUCAACAACGGCACGGUGACCUAUGACCACGGCAAAGACGGCCGCUCGUCGGAGCUGGGGGGCUGCUCUGCAGAGAUCAGGAACAGGGAACACGACACCUACCUGGCCAUCCGCUACUCCAAAGGAAGGCUGACCAUAAUGGUCGACGUGGAGGACAAGAACGAGUGGAAGGAGUGCAUCGACAUCGGCGGGGUCCGCCUUCCCACUGGGUAUUUCUUCGGUGCAUCCGCCGUCACCGGAGACCUGUCAGACAACCACGACAUCAUCUCCAUGAAGCUGUACCAGCUGAUGGUGGAACACACGGCCGAGGAGGAGAACCUGGACUGGACUAAGAUCGAGCCCAGCGUCAGCCUCCUGAAGUCCCCUAAAGACAACAUCGACGAUCCGACCGGGAACUUCCGCGGCACCCCCCUGACCGGAUGGAAGAUCUUCCUGCUGCUGCUGUGCGCCCUGCUGGGCAUCGUGGUGUGCGCCGUGGUGGGCGCCGUGGUUUUCCAGAAGAGACAGGAGAGGAACAAGAGGUUCUACUGAGCAGAGCCUGCUGGAGGGAACUGCUUUUCCACACGAGCACAUGCAAUGUGAAGUUCUGCCGAAGAUUGUAGAAACGUUUGACUCUUGAAGCACUGCAACGCCAGCGGAUCCGAUGGCGGCCUGGAGGCGAGUGUCGAGCGUGAAUGAAUGCUGGGUGUCGUUUUUUUUUAUGUUUUUUUUGUUCGUUUGUUGCUCUUGUUGACGGACUCUGAGCUUCGAUCUGCUGGUUGGUCUGUCAGGUGUUUUCAGGUUUUUCUUUUGGAAGCUUUCUGUGCUGCAGUUGUGAACGAUGAACUUUGAUUUUUGUUGUUGUUUUUGCGUCUUCCAUCCAGUUUUUCUAAAGUAUUCGUAGAGGUUUCUGGAAGUCAAAAUGGAUUCUCCUCAGUCUUUGUGUCAGAUUCUCGCUCUGGUCAGUCAAUCUGCAUCGACUUUUGGCACGUCGGGGUUAAAAAACCGGCGCUACAUCGGGUUCUGACUCCGUCGGGUUCUGAGUCCGUCGGGUUCUGAGUCCGUCGGGUUCUGAGUCCGUCGGGUUCUGACUCCGUCGGGUUCUGACUCCGUCGGGUUCUGACUCCGUCGGGUUCUGACUCCGUCGGGUUCUGACUCCGUCCUCAUUCUGGACCUCAUGAAGUCUUCCACACUCUGCAGGUUUUUGACACAUUUUUUUGAGUCGAUUUGUUUCUGAGAAAAUGACAGAAAUAGUGAUUUGGUUGCAAUCAUGUUAAAAACACAAAUCCUUGUAAUAAAAUAUCUAAUAAUUGUAAACUUUGAAUUUGGGAUGUUUAGAAUGAUGUUCCAGUUUGAAAUGUGAAAACUUCCCCAUAAAAUAAAAACAAAUCAGGAUUCUGGAGUUUUCCUUCUGUAUGGAAAAACAGAAAUUCAUAAUCUAAAGGAUCUGUCAGACGCUGACUCAGAUAUUUCUGUUUAAAUUUGGAGGAUUACUGUAGAGGAUGGUGUUCCAUACGAUGACUCCCUGUCUGUCAUAGACAAAACAAUUAGGAAAUGCCCGCUUACAUUGACGUUAAUAAUUUAGAAUUUUCUUCAGCUUUCUCCUCUAAUUUCCAGUUUUCUCUAAACGAGUUGAAGUGGUUCGGCCCGAUCGGCUUGUCAGACGUCGUCCUCCAGAAGUAAACUGAUGUCAUGUGAUCUUUUCUGGAGAUCUUUGUAAAUCUCUCAUGUGGAAUUUGUCUCGGCUUCAGUGUCUGGUUUGUUUUUUUGCUUUCAUUCAUUUAAAUGUGAGGUAAAAGGAGGCUUUGAAUGAAUCUGUGCACAGACCGUCUUCUUUUUUAAGGCCAAACUGAAAGAAUUGUCUUGUGUUGGAUCGUCCGGGUUUGUGUUGAAACUUGAAGGAGUUCAUCUCAUCAAACAGAUGGAAUAAAGAAGCAGCGUGGAA